AUGGUCAUCGUCGGGGAUGGCUUCCAUAAUUUCGCUGACGGAAUUGCUAUUGGGUCAGCCUUCUCAAGCAGCCUUCAAGAUGGACUGAGUACUUCCAUCGCCGUCUUCUGUCAUGAGUUGCCUCAUGAACUGGGCGACUUUGCCAUGCUUUUGAGUGCAGGGAUGUCCAGUAAGCAGGCCCUGGUCUACAACAUCGUGUCCUCCAUCCUAUGUUUCAUCGGCAUGUGUGUUGGAGUCUCAGUGGGCAACAUCGUCCAAACAACACCCUGGAUAUUUAUGCUGGUCGCUGGGAUGUUCAUGUACAUCGCACUCGUUGAUAUGCUGCCUGAAAUGAAGUCUGUCGCUCCUAAAAAGGGUGAGCACCCAUUCCUCCAUCUAAGUCUUCAAGUCUGUGGUAUGCUGUUGGGAGCCUCUAUAAUGCUUGUCAUUGCUCUCUAUGAAGAUAAAAUUAGUGUUGGGUGA